AAUCUAAUGUUUGGAAGUGUGCUGUUCUUUGGUAAGUGGAAGUAAUCAGUGGUUUCAGGUCAAAAUAACAUGAGAAUGAAGCUUGUUUCAAGUGCCACAUUCAAAUGAUUAGUUUGAUUUUGGUUCUAAAGUCAUAUAAACAAAAGAUUGAAAACCUACCCUAAAGGAAUUAUUCUGUGUUUAUAAAUGAAGGAAAACAAAGAAAAUUCUAGCCCCUCUGUAACUUUGGCAAACCUGGACCACACAAAACCAUGUUGGUAUUGGGAUAAGAAGGAUUUGGCACAUACGCCAUCACAGCUAGAAGGACUUGAUCCAGCUACCGAGGCAAGAUACCGAAGAGAAGGUGCCCGGUUUAUAUUUGAUGUAGGAACCCGUUUGGGAUUACAUUAUGAUACACUGGCAACUGGAAUAAUAUAUUUCCAUCGCUUUUAUAUGUUCCAUUCCUUCAAACAGUUCCCAAGAUAUGUGACUGGAGCUUGCUGUCUAUUCCUAGCAGGGAAAGUCGAAGAAACACCCAAAAAAUGUAAAGAUAUCAUCAAAACAGCUCGUAGUUUACUAAAUGAUGUUCAGUUUGGACAGUUUGGAGAUGAUCCAAAGCAAAGAAAUAACCCACUGCACAGGGGAAGCAGUGAAACUGGCCAUACAGAGUGCAGCCAUAUGCAUACAGAAGAAGUUAUGGUUUUAGAGAGAAUCUUGCUGCAGACAAUAAAAUUUGACUUACAAGUGGAGCACCCUUAUCAGUUCCUACUUAAAUAUGCAAAGCAGCUCAAAGGUGAUAAAAACAAAAUUCAGAAACUGGUUCAAAUGGCAUGGACUUUUGUAAAUGACAGUUUGUGUACUACACUCUCUCUGCAAUGGGAACCUGAAAUUAUAGCAGUUGCAGUUAUGUAUCUAGCUGGCCGCUUGUGCAAAUUUGAAAUUCAGGAGUGGACCUCAAAGCCAAUGUACAGAAGAUGGUGGGAACAAUUUGUACAAGAUGUACCUGUUGAUGUCCUGGAAGACAUCUGUCACCAGAUUCUGGAUCUGUACUCACAGGGGAAACAACAGAUGCCUCACCAUACCCCCCAUCAGCUGCAGCAACCUGCCUCCCUCCAGCCUGCACCACAAGUGCCUCCAGCCCAGCAGUCACAGCCUUCUCAGAGUUCAGAGCAGUCUCAACCCCAGCAGCCCAAAGACCCCCAGCAGGGAGGGCAGCAGCAGCAGCAGCAGCAGCAAACACAAACUCAGCAGCCCAAAAAACCAUCUCCCCAGUCAAGUCCUCCCAGGCAGACGAAGCGGCCUGUGCAGGCUGUAUCGCCAAAGGAUGAAACCAAAACUGCAGAGGUACCACCUCCUAAAAUUGCUAAAAUUGAAACUACUCAUCCACCAGUACCAUCUGCGCAUCCACCACCUGAACAUAAACCUCCAUUGACAACUACAGUUUCCAUAGGAACUGAUCAAACUACUGCAGUAGAUUCUGUAGACAUAACCAAGGUCCAGAUUGCACCGCCAUCUCAUCCAGCUCCUGUACACCAGCCACCACCUAUGCCUCAUCGUCCACCACCACCACCACCACCUUCCAGUUACAUAACUGGUAUGUCUACUACUAAUUCAUACAUGUCAGGAGAAGGAUAUCAGAGUCUCCAAUCAAUGAUGAAAACAGAAGCACCAACUUAUGGAGCUUUACCACCUACGUAUGGACCUCCAGCUCAUUUGCCGUAUCAUCCUCAUGUAUAUCCUCCCAACCCUCCUCCUCCUGUCCCUCCUCCUCCACCCACAUCAUUCCCUCCACCUACCAUUCCUCCUCCUACUCCAGGAUACCCUCCACCACCUACUUACAACCCAAAUUUCCCACCUCCUCGAUUACCUCCCUCUCAUGCAGUCCCACCUCAUCCCCCUCCAGGACUUGGCAUGCCACCUGCAAGCUAUCCUCCUCCCACAGUACCGCCUGGUGGACAGCCACCUGUACCACCUCCAAUACCACCCCCUGGCAUGCCACCUGUUGGAGGACUUGGCCGGGCUACCUGGAUGAGAUAGCAGUUGUACAUAACAUUUUUUUUUUUUUGUCUUUGGCAAGGUGGGGAAUAGUAUAACCAGGUAAGGAUAUAGAGGCUGCUGUUUGGAAAUGUAGAAGGCAGUGAAACUGAUUUGUUUAUAGUUUGGUCAACAGAGAACAUUAUAGGCUUUUAGUUUAAAUAUUACAAAGCUAACUAAAAUACAGGAGCUGUUAAUUGUAGUGCUGGAUUACUUCGCACUAAUACACUGUUUUGAAGGCCACAUUGGCUAAGUUGUAUUGGUAAGAAGAAGAAAAAAAUAUAGAAAAUUUUAUGCCUACUUCAGUAUCAGGAUUAAGGUUAUUCCGUAUGAAAGGGGAAAAAAGUUUUGAUUUCAUUGUGUAACAUUCCAGCAACACUUCAUUCUAAGUCGUAGAGCCAGUUUAUGUUUCUGUGUUUAUAUGGAAGGUCUGUUUGUAUGUCACUUUCUGCCAUUGUUAUUUUGGAAUGAAUGAACAGACUUAUUUGAAAAUGUCUGUAUAUACAUAUAUUUUCAAAAUGUAAAAAAACCCUAAUGGCAUACAGUGAUUUACACCUUCGUUGUUUCUGAUUCUUGAAAAGGCUGUGUUGACACGUAUCCAAAUAAACCUGCUUCUGAAAGCUGAA